AUGAUUUCUGAAGAAGAAAGGCAGCUCUGGAAAAAGAAAAGGCAGACAACAGGAGGAAGAGCAUUUGCAGUUUGCAGGAAGGCGUCUGUUGCAGACAUUGUGUUCCUGGUGGAUGGAUCAUGGAGUAUAACUGAGAUAAACUUCAAAAUCAUGCAAGACUUCUUGUACACCCUAGUCAACAGCUUUGACAUUGGGAAAGAUAAAGUCCAGAUUGGCCUGAUCCAGUACAGCGAUCACCCCCGCAAUGAGUUCUUUUUGAACACAUACCAGCGCAAAGAGGACAUCUUACACAAAAUUCAAAACUUGCAUUACAAAGGAGGGGGUACCAAAACAGGAGAGAGUUUGCAAUUUAUGCUGGACACUCAGUUCAAUGAAAUGGCUGGGAGUCGACGCCAUGAAGGCGUCCCACAGAUUGCAGUGGUGAUAACAGAUGGGCAAGCUCAGGACAACAUCCGUGAACCAGCGGAGGCAGUCAAGAAUGCAGGCAUCACGCUUUACGCUGUAGGCAUCAAAGAUGCUGCUUUCACUGAACUUCAGGAAAUUGCUAGUGACCCAGAUGAAAUGCAUGUUUACAGUGUGGUAGAUUUUGCUGCUCUUCAGGGUAUCUCUCAAAAUAUCAUUCAGGUGCUUUGUACUACAGCAGAGGAAGCUUCUGGACAAAUCAGCCAUGUUUUUCAAGAAUGCAGAAAAGCCACUGUGGCUGACAUUGUAUUUUUGGUGGACAGUUCAACCAGCAUCGGUGAACGCAAUUUUACCAAUGUGAAAAACUUCCUCAAGGUCCUGGUUUCCAAUCUUGAAGUUGGCAGUGACCAAGUUCGAAUUGGUCUUGCUCAGUAUAGCCGCAAGACCGUCAAAGAGUUUCUGCUCAAUCAAUAUUCUUUGAAAAGCGACAUUCUGGAACAUAUACAAAACUUGACCUUCUGGCGUGGAAGCACUUACACAGGUGCUGCAUUAGAUUUCGUCAGGACUGAAUACUUCACUAAAUCCGCUGGAAGCAGAACACAGGAAAACAUCCCACAAGUACUCAUUCUUAUCACAGAUGGAAGAUCUAAGGAUGAUGUCAAAGGACCAGCCAGGAAACUGAAGACAAGAGGAAUCUCUGUUUAUGUGGUGGGAAUUGGUAUCCAGGACAAAACCCAGGUUCAGGAAAUUGCCAGCAUGCCUUCUGAUAAGUUUUUGUUCAGAAUUGACAGUUUUGAUAUCCUUCAAGGUCUUACUACAAAUUUUCUCCAAACUGUGUGCUUUGAAGUACAGAGCCAAAUUAAAGCUUCUUUAAGGCGGUAUGCUGAUGUUGUGUUUCUUGUGGACUCCUCUGACACAAUGGAUUCUUCUACCUUUGAAGAAGUGAAAACAUUCAUUGUCCAGAUAGUUGAGCAACUGGACAUUGGGGUCGACAAAUAUAGAAUUGGCUUUGCACAAUACAGCAGAGACGGGCAGGUGGAAUUUCUGCUGAAAACUUAUGAGAAUAAGGACGAUGUUCUCAAUCACAUCCAGAGCAGUGAGCAGUUCCUGGGAGGUCCCCUGCAGACCGGGAGUGCCUUGAGAUUUCUGCAUAAUGUUUAUUUUACUGAAGAAGCAGGGAGUCGAUUGAACCAAGGAAUACCUCAAUACACUGUGGUGGUUACCUCAGCGAAAUCGGAAGAUGGUGUCCAAAAAGCUGCUCAGGAGCUGAAAGAGAGGGAUGUAAACAUCAUAACAGUUGGUGUCUUAAAUUCUGACAGGAAAGAACUGGAUUCAGUUGCUACCUCUCCCUGGGUUUACCAAGUCCAUGAAGACCAGAGUAUUGGUCAAUUUCAGAAGGACAUAGUGGAUAUUUUGGAUGGACCAGCUCAGCAAGAGUUUUAUGAUGUGGAGAUUCAAGAUGUAAAGGUUCCAAAAGUUUGUUCCAGUGCAUCUGUAGCAGACAUUGCAUUCCUUGUGGAUGAAUCCAGUCGGGUUGGUGAAAAGAAUUUCCAGCUGACCAGGGCUUUUCUAUUCAGGAUUAUUAAUGCUCUGGAUAUUGGUCCAAAUAACGUACAAGUUGCCUUGGUACUUUACAGUGAUGAGCCAAGAUUAGAAUUCACUCUGGAUACAUUUGAAGACAAAUUAAAGAUCCUGAACUAUGUGAAAAAAUUGCCAUACCGUGGUGGGCAACCAUACACUGGUGUUGCCAUAGACUUCCUGAGUAAAGAGAUUUUCACUAAGGAGGCAGGUAGCCGGAGAGAUCAAGGAGUUCAGCAAUUGGCAGUGGUGAUCACCGAUGGCUACUCAUUAGAUAAAUUCAUUGAACCUGCAUCCCGUCUUCGACAUAGUGAUGUUACUCUGUAUGCUGUGGGCAUCCAAAAUAUCUCAGAGAGCUACUUGCUACAGCAAAUUGCAACUUAUCCCCCAAGGAAGCAUGUCACCAACAUGGAAUUGUUUUUGCAGCGAGCAGACAUUGAAUGGAAAAUAAAGGAACGACUCUGUAACGUAAUUGUAGAACAAGCAUUUGUAACUCCAUUGCGGGGCCGUAGUUUGAAGGAAGGUUGUGAGCAGACUGAGGAAGCAGACAUUUAUUUCCUGAUUGAUGGAUCAGGCAGCAUCUUCCCAGAGAACUUUGACGCCAUGAAAACCUUCAUGAAUGAAAUGGUCGACAUGUUUCAGAUUGGCGCCAACAGGGUUCGGUUUGGAGUUGUUCAAUAUGAAAGUUCACCAAAAAUGGAGUUCACGAUCGACCGGUAUAAAACAAAGGCAGACUUAAAGAAAGCCAUCCAGGCCAUCAAGCAGUUGGGCGGUGGUACCGAAACUGGAAAAGCUUUAAAGUACAUGAACAGCAAGUUUAAGCAGGCUGCCAGGGGAAAUGUUCCAAAGUACCUCAUCCUUAUUACAGAUGGUGAAUCCGAAGAUGAUGUGACUAGACCAGCAGCGGAACUGCGAAAGGAAGGGAUAAUGAUAUAUGCUAUUGGUGUCAGGAGUGCUAGCAAAGAACAGCUGGAACAGAUAACUGGGGAUAAAAACCAGACAUUUCUCGUGAAUGAAUUUGAUUCCCUAAAACGCAUCAGACUUGAUGUGGUGCGGGAGAUCUGCACAUCUAGGGUAUGUAAGAACUUGAAAGCUGACAUUAUUUUCUUAAUUGACACCUCUGAAACUAUGAGUGAGGAGCAGUUUAACAUAACAAUGGACUUCAUCCAGGCAAUUAUAAACAAGUCUGAUAUUGGUGCUGAUAAGGUUCAGGUUGGACUGCUUCAGUACAGCACGAGGCCAAAACUCGAAUUCCCUCUCAAUAUGCACAUGACCAAGGAUGACUUAAGAGAUGCACUAUCUAAAGUGAAGCGGAUUAAAGAGGGAACUAAGACAGGGAUUGCACUACAGACUGCCUCUGACUACUUUGACAGAUCUAAAGGUGGUCGGCCAGAUGUAAAGCAGCAUCUCAUAGUGGUCACAGAUGGAGAAUCUGAUGAUGCAGUGGAAGAACCUGCUAGACAACUCAGAGAGAAAGGAAUCAUCAUCCAUGCUGUCGGAGUAGUCAGAGCAGUCUACUCAGAGCUUAAAGAGAUUGCUGGAACACCAGAUCGAGUGUAUAUCGAGGACAGCUUUGAAUCCCUUCCUUAUUUGGAAAAGACAAUAUUCUUUUAUAUUUGCAACCCUGAUACAAGAUGCCAAAGACCUGAAGUUGCUGACAUCAUCUUUUUAGUGCAUGGGUCAAGAGAUACACAGUUCCAGGGUAUACAACAACUCAUGGAGGCAGUUGUUAAUAACUCAGUGGUUGGGAAAGACUACGUCCAGUUUGGAGCUGUUGCUUAUAGCACUAGUUCUGUAGAAGAAUUUUCUCUGAAUAAGUUCUCAACUAAGGCUCAAGUCAGGAAAGCUGUUUAUGAAGUGACUCCUUUGAAAGGGCAGGCCUUCACAGCAAAAGCUUUAAAUGUUGCAAGGGAAAAGUUUGGUGCAUCAUCUCGCAACAUUUCGCAGUUCCUUAUCCUUAUCACUGAUGCUCCAGCUGCAGACAGACCCGAUCUUCCUGCAGCAGUAAAGGCUUUGGAGGAAAAAAGAAUCAAGAUUGUUGCUGUUGGAACGGAGGCUGCAGAUGCAGAAGAACUCAGAGACAUGGUUGGCGAUAAGGGAUGGUGGUUUUUUGCUCCAAGUUAUAAUAUACUGGAAAACUUACGCCAAAAUAUAACUCAUAUUCUAUGUGACAAAUCAAACCCAGCUUGUGAAAAACAACAGGAAGACCUUGUGUUUCUGGUUGAUGGAUCAGGGAGCAUAACAGAAUCUAAUUUCAUUAUGAUGAAGACAUUCAUGAAGAACAUUGUUGACAGCUUUAUCAUUGCUCAGGACAAAAUUCGCAUUGGGGUGGUCCAGUUCAGCAAAAAUCCUCAGAAAGAAUUUUAUCUCAACGAAUUCUACAGUGGCACUGAUAUCAAGUUGAAAAUUGAAAGCAUGGUCCAAUUAAACUCGACCACCUUCACUGGGGAAGCGCUCAGGUUCGUCAAGAGCAUCUUUAAGCCUGCCAACGGGGGCCGUAAGAACCAGGAAGUAUCGCAAUCUCUCAUUGUCAUGACUGAUGGAAAGUCCAGAGAUAGUGUGAAUGAGGCAGCCAUUGCUCUGAGGAAUUAUGGGAUCCGUAUUUUCACAGUAGGAAUAGGAAAAAAUAUCGCAGAGUCCCUUGAACUGGAUCAAAUUGCUGGAAGAUCUGAUAGAGUAUUCAGGGUGAAUAAUUUCAAUGAACUGAAAACAAUUGAGAAGAGGAUCAUCAAGGAAAUCUGUGAACCCGGAGUGGAGCCUCAGGAUUGUGACAUUGACAUUUCUGUGGCAGUUGAUAGUUCCAGGCGUGCAUCAACAAUGCGCCUGAAGCAGACAAUGCAAACCCAACUGCUCAGGCUAGUUCCUGCAAUGGCUUCUAUGAUCAAUAUCAGUUGCCCCGUUCAGCCCCCCAUGAAAAUCAAGUUUAGGUUCCAAGUGUUUGCUGGAAAUGGUCUAUCCUUGUUCGACUCUGACUUUGAAAUGUUUGAUGAAGAGAUAAUUCAGAAAUUCUUGGAUGUGCAAACCACAAUGAACACUUACUUGAAUAGAAGCUUCAUAGAGGCCUUUUGGGACAGAUCUUUCAGUGAGGCUUCCACUAAAGUGAAGGUCCUCACAAUCUUUACAGAUGGACCAGAUGACAGUUUACAAAACCUCAAGGCAGCUGCAAACUCUCUUCGCAAAAAAGGGCUUGACGCACUUUUAAUGAUUGGCCUGGAAAAUGUUGAGAACUACAAGGAACUUCAGGAAACAGAAUUUGGUAGAGGAUUUGGAUAUCAGGAACCCUUGAACAUUGGAAACCUAUUACUUCCAAGCACCUUGUGGAGACAACUUAACACUAUUGCAGAGCGCAAAUGCUGCAAGGUUUGCUGCAAAUGCUUUGGGGAUGAUGGACGGGGAGGUAGUUCUGGACCUCCUGGAAUUAAGGGAGGGAUUGGCUUCAAAGGAUCACCUGGCCACCCUGGCGAGGAAGGAGGAAGUGGUGAACGUGGUCCAUCAGGUCUUGAAGGAAAACGAGGAGAAGCAGGUUGCCUUGGCAAAUGGGGUCAGAAGGGAACAAGAGGAUAUCGAGGAAAUAAAGGUGAAAAUGGAGAUGACGGUCUUGAUGGGAUAAAUGGAGAGGAGGGAGAACGAGGGCCUCCUGGUUCUCUUGGACACAAAGGCAGCAGUGGACGAAGGGGUAGAAAAGGCCCCAGAGGAAGGCCAAGUGAACGGGGAUCGUCUGGUUUAAGAGGAGACAAUGGAUAUCCUGGAAUUGACAACGAUGACAUCGGUCCUCUGGGUCAAAGUGGAAGGCCAGGGUGGCGGGGAGAGCCAGGAGCUGAUGGCAGGCCAGGAGGACCAGGAGAGCAAGGUGCAAAUGGUUUACCAGGAGAAGAUGGGGGACCAGGUCAUAUUGGUGAACCUGGCCUGCAAGGCCCACAGGGUAACCCAGGAAUCAUGGGAGAAAGUGGCUCUCAAGGGAACCCAGGACACAGGGGACCAAUGGGUGAACAUGGUGAUCCCGGAGAAAAUGGCCCACCUGGACUGCCUGGAAUAAGGGGCUUACCUGGACUGGAUGGCAAAGAUGACUAUGGAGAGCGAGGAAACAAAGGAGCAAAGGGACAACCUGGAUUUCCUGGAUACCCUGGAUCUCAGGGAGAAGAUGGUGAUACAGGAAUUCCUGGAGACCAAGGCAUGAAAGGAGCCAGAGGACAGGUCAUAGGUGGUAUGCCAGGAAUGGUGGGUGAUCCAGGAGACACAGGACUACCCGGAGAAAUGGGUCAAAAAGGAUCCAGAAGCCCGGUUAUUGUGGCGCCUUGUGAACUUGUUAACCUUACCAGAAAAAACUGCCGUAAGAGGCAAUGUCCGGCAUAUCCAACCGAAGUGGUGUUUGCCCUUGAUAUGUCUCGAAAUGUUACCCAAGGAUCCUUUCAGAGGAUGAAAAGCAUUAUGAGUUCUUUGCUGGCGAAUAUGACCAUUAGCAGAAGCAACUGCCCUGCUGGAGCUCGUGUGUCAGUUCUGUCAUAUAACACUCAUACGAAGCACCUCAUCCGGUUCUCUGAAUUCCGGCAGAGUGACCUUCUAAUGAAGGCAGUUGCGAGAAUACCACUGGAAAGGUCCUCUGGUAGACGGAAUAUUGGGGCAGCUAUGAGAUUUGUUGCCAGGAAUGUUUUUAAACGACAUCGUCAUGGUAUCCUCAUGAGGAAAGUUGCAAUAUUUCUCACUGAUGGCCCCUCUCAGGAUGCCACCUCCAUCAACACAGCCAUGUUGGAAUUCAGUGCACUAGACAUCACACCUGUGGUCAUUGCCCUCAGUGAAGUACCUAACGUGCGACGGGCUUUUUCGGUAGAUGACACUGGUCGAUUUCAGUUACUCAUUUUGGAUUCUGAGGAGGAUGAGAAUUUGGACACCAUCUCAAAUUGUGCACUUUGCUUUGAUAAGUGCCAACCAGACCCAGAAUGUGAGGUGGCUGUUCCCUCUCCCAUUCUCAUAGAUAUGGACAUAAGUUACAUUAUAGACAGCUCUCGUAGUGUUGGAAGUGAUGAGUUUGAGACAAUGAAGGAAUUUGUGAGCAACAUGGUGGAUUACUUUGUUAUUACUCCCAACCCACUACUACCGAAUGGAGGUGCUAGGGUUGCUUUGGUUCAACAGGCUUCACGAAACUUCACGUUCAAUGCAGAAACAAGCCCAGUAUAUGAAGAGUUUGAUUUGACCCAAUACAGUAAUGAAGACCUCAUGAAAAGGCACAUUCUCAACUCUGUUCGUCAACAAGAAGGUCCAUCAGCUAUUGGGCAUGCCAUAGAGUGGACAAUUAAUAAUGUGUUUUUGGAAGCCCCCAGUCCAAGAAAACACAGGGUCAUAUUUACAGUACUUGGAAGCAAGACAAGUUCCCAGGACAGAGAGAAACUUGGGAAAAUGGCACUAGAAGCCAAAUGCCAAGGGUUCACAAUGUUCACAUUUGCACUUGGAAGUGGAAUUGAUGAUGCAGAGGUGACGGAACUCUCCAGUGUCCCGGUAGAGCAGCAUCUCUUGCAAUUGGGCCGGGUUGGUCAACUUGAACUGCCAUAUGCUCUGCAAUUUAGCCGGACCUUCUUAAAUCUUUUAAAACGACAAAUGAACCCUUAUCCACCUCUUUACCUCCAGGAAGAAUGCGAAAGCCUGGAUCGAGGUGAUACCCAGCAGCUAAUAGCUAAAACAGAUAGAGUUCACUUCCCUCAAUUGGAUUCCAGUGACAUUUGGCAAAUAACAGAGCUACCUAAUCAAAAUAUGCAACAAAAUGUUAUGGAAACUACCACAGAACCUAUUGGGUACACAGAAGAGGCUGAAAUUGUUUAUGAUUAUGGACAUAAUGAUUAUUUCACAGACAGCAACGUUCAUGCCAUCAACGGAACAUGGAACAAACAGCAGUUUGAGCAAGAUGCUUGCUUUGUGGAUGUGGACAGUGGCGAAUGUGAAGAUUAUCGUCUGAUGUGGUAUUAUCACAGAGAACGAGACAUGUGCUUCCAGUUCUGGUAUGGUGGCUGUGGAGGGAACAGAAACAGAUUUGAAACUCAGGAAGAAUGUGAAAUGUUAUGCAGGAAGUCAGCCUAGGGCGGAGAUUGUCAGUCAUAAACAGGUAUGGACUCUCCCGUGGGGAAAGAGUAAAGUGAGCCAAAAUAUUGAUUUCCAAAUUCAGCUAAAGCAGAUUUACCCCCUGGUGUAACUGUGUGGAAAUUGAACCUUUUAUCUUUUUUAGUUUUUUAAACAACCAAGUAUCUUGUGGCAUCUUAAAGACUAACAGGCUUAUUGAAGCCUAGCUUGUUCUUUCUUUUGGAAGUUAUGGAACUCUUCUUUUGUUUUUGCUACCAUACCUUUGGGUUUGAUUUUUUUCUAAGUAUCUUAGUAGCAGACGAGGUUAAAGUCACUUGAACUGAGGAAAACUGAAGUUCUCUGGUUGCUGAUGAAUAUUCUUUAUCCGGGAUAUGACAGCUAAUAAAACUAACACUAAAGUGUACAUUCUGCACUGGGGAGAAAAUCAAUAAUUCAGUACAAUUUGUACUUCUGCGCUGGGGGCCACUGGUGCAACUGAUCAAAAUUGCUUUGCUUUUCACAAAAUCAAGAAAUGAUAGUACCUCGUAAAUAUUUAAUGCAAUUGUUUCUUCAGAAUCUCAGCAUUUAAAAAAACAUAUCUGAAUAAGAUCAGUUUUCCUGACAUGAUAUGGUAGGGAUAUUUUCUAGUUUAACAAAAAUCCCAUUUCAGAUAAGUUAUAUGGGUUUCUAUCAGUCUUAGAAGAGCAAUAUUAUUUAUUUAUUGUAUAAUUUCUUGUAUAUCUUCUAGGGAGUAAAAAGCAGAAUGCAAAGAGUUUGCCUUGUAAUAAAUUAGAUGGAGAGAUGAAAGCUUGCCCAAGAUCCUCUUAGUGACUCUCUUGGCCAGCUGACAAUCUGAGAAAGUGGGCUUUUGACCCUAAAGCUCAUGUCACUCUCCCAUAGUCCUUUAUACUAAAAUAGCAUACCGUCAGGGAAACACUGAGUUGAAUUUGGUCAGCUUUUACACUUAGUGUCGCUUAAUCCCCACAUUACCCCUCCUAUCCCAAAUGGAUUUUGUUCAUGCAGCUCCCAUGUGUGCCAGAAGUCCUUUUGCUGGUCAAAGGGGAUCUUCUCUUUCACUACAGGCAAAGUCGGUUGGAUUCAGCCCAUCUCCUUUUUCUAGUGUAUACCAAAAUCAAAAGCAUUUCAUAUUGCAUAAGCCAGUGUUCUACUGCCUUGUAUGAAUCUGUCCCUUGAUCCAAACUGCAGGUGUUGGUUUCCAUAUUUGGAGUCCUACAUGCAUAUAGACUGGCCCUGUUAUUUUUGUAUGAGUUGAGUAAUGUACCAGGUAUACAAUGGGAGAGCUCCCCAUGGAGCAUUCCUCAGGAUCCUGAGGUCAUAGUGUGGAUGUGUACCACAGCCUUGCAGAGCUUUGGUAUACUUCCCCUUCCUACUAUAUGUAUCUCUCUACUAAGAGAAAACUGAGAUCUGUGUAGCUGUGAAAAUCACUUUGGAAAUUUAAUUGCAUUAGAAAUUUAUGCCAGGGGAGUUCUAUUUCCAGUUCUUGUUCCCCAGACUCCACGGAAAUCUCAGUUCAUAAGUUUGAAUUUUGCAUGUCAGUUCUUUUUAUUCUGACAAUAUUUUGUCAUUUGCUUU